UACAUCCAUUGUUCCAUGUCCGAAAUAAAAACAGAGAGACUCAGAUUUCACGAGGAGAAAAAAACGCAAUGAAGACACCGACGAUGCUGCUCCUAUUAGUCGGAGCUCUAAUCUUCUCCGGCGCCGGCUUAGUGAGAUCAGACGCCUCCGACCACCGUUACAAGGAAGGAGACACCGUUCCUCUCUACGCCAACAAGGUCGGCCCAUUUCACAAUCCAAGUGAGACGUAUCGGUAUUUUGAUCUCGCCUUCUGUGUUCCAGAGGGUGUGAAGGAGAAGAAGGAAGCCUUUGGCGAGGUUCUAAACGGUGAUAGGCUCGUUAGCGCUCCAUACAAGCUCAACUUCAGAGAUGAAAAAGACUCUGAGGUCUACUGCAAAAAGAAGCUGAGCAAAGAAGAGGUCAAACAGUUCCGAAAAGCCGUUGAGAAAGCCUACUACUUCCAGAUGUACUACGAUGACCUCCCCAUCUGGGGAUUCAUUGGAAAAGUUGACAAAGAAAUCAAAUCUGAUCCGAGUGAACACAGAUACGUCCUCUACAAGCACAUCCAGUUUGAGAUUCUCUACAACAACGACCGCGUGAUCGAAAUCAGCGCCAGGAUGGAUCCUCAUUCGCUUGUGGAUCUCACUGAGGACAAAGAAGUCGAUGCGGAGUUUAUGUACACUGUGAAGUUGAAGGAGACCGAGACUCCGUUUGAGAAGAGGAUGGAGAAGUACUCCAUGUCUUCUUCUCUUCCGCAUCACUUGGAGAUCCACUGGUUCUCUAUUAUUAACUCAUGCGUCACUGUCCUUCUUUUGACUGGGUUCCUUGCGACUAUCUUGAUGCGAGUCCUCAAAAACGAUUUCAUGAAGUAUGCUCAAGACGAGGAAGCUGCUGAUGAUCAAGAAGAAACUGGGUGGAAGUACAUUCAUGGAGAUGUCUUUAGGUUCCCAACGCACAACUCUUUGUUUGCUGCAUCACUCGGUUGUUCACUCUGUACGUCUCUCAUUAACUCUACUAUUUUUUUUUCUAUUUCUUCAUUAUAUCUAACCUUCGCUUUUUUUCAUUUGUCCUCUAUCAGCACCGUAUUCAUCUUCAUGCUAGCUCUUGUUGGAGUGUUCUACCCAUACAACCGAGGAGCACUCUUCACCGCUUUAGUGGUCAUUUACGCUCUAACUUCUGGAAUCGCUGGAUACACAUCCGCCUCUUUCUACUGCCAACUCGAAGGAAAAAGCUGGGUGAGAAACUUGUUACUCACAGGAUGUCUCUUCUGCGGUCCUCUAUUCCUAACCUUCUGCUUCCUCAACACCGUCGCCAUCACCUACACCGCAACCGCGGCACUACCCUUCGGAACCAUCGUUGUAAUCGUCCUUAUAUGGACACUAGUCACGUCUCCUCUCCUCGUCUUAGGCGGCAUCGCCGGCAAAAACAGCAAAUCCGAGUUCCAAGCACCGUGCCGCACGACCAAGUACCCGCGCGAGGUUCCGCCGCUCCCUUGGUACAGAAGCGCUCUUCCUCAGAUGGCGAUGGCUGGUUUCCUUCCUUUCAGCGCCAUCUACAUCGAGCUUUACUACAUUUUCGCUAGCGUGUGGGGUCACCGGAUCUACACCAUCUACAGCAUCCUCUUCAUCGUGUUCAUCAUCCUCAUCAUCGUCACGGCUUUUAUAACCGUCGCCUUGACUUACUUCCAGCUCGCUGCGGAAGAUCACCAGUGGUGGUGGAGAUCAUUCCUAUGCGGUGGAUCGACUGGUUUGUUUAUAUACGCUUACUGCUUAUACUAUUACUACGCUCGAUCAGACAUGUCGGGUUUCAUGCAAACCUCGUUCUUCUUCGGGUACAUGGCUUGCAUUUGCUACGGAUUCUUCUUAAUGCUUGGGACUGUCGGCUUCCGUGCAGCACUUCUCUUUGUUCGUCACAUUUACAGGUCGAUCAAAUGCGAGUAAGAAGAAGUCUUAUCUUCCCUUCUUCUGCCUCCUUAAGAAUUUUUGCUAGAACAAAGAAGACAGAGAGAUAGGUUGUUAGAAAGAAAAGAGAGACACAAAAGACAAAUGUCUGUCUGAUUAUUGUCUGAGAAAAGCAUCUCUUCUCAUUAGAGGUUUUUACUUUAGGUGAGUCUGUCUCUCUCUCUUUCUUCUCUCUUUAUUAUGUGCUACAAAAUUUUAAACUACUUGUAUCCAUUUUUUCUAUAUACUUUACGGAUUGUAAAAGAUGA